AGCGCUUUGAAUAAAGUGUAAGUUUGCUUUGUUUGCUGCUUUAACUUCAGUAAUGUUGCUGUUUGUUUCUGCUCUGUCAUGUUUCUACAUGUUCACUUCUUAUUUCACCACAAACUCUGGAUCACUGCUGUUUAAACAUCCAUCAAUAUGAUUAUUAGGUUAUUGAUUCACUGCAAUCAGUCAGUAUUUCUAUUAGAUUAUUGAUUGACUUCAGUCACUUUGAUCAGCUGCUGAUGUUUAUUUGUUUCUUCACAAUACAAACUGCGUCGUGUCUUUUUUACUUUUGGUUUCUCUGUGAGUCUCUGCAGCUCCAUGACUCCAUCUGCUGGACUGAUAGUAGAAGUGCAGCAGCUGAUCUUCUCCAGGAGGAUCUGAGUGGAUGAAUGAUGUUUGUUUCCUGUGCAGGUGAAGGUAGAAAGUGUGUGUGAGCUGCUGUGAGUUGAGCAUCAUGGAUGAGUGUGAGGACAGAGAGGAGGGAGUCCCUCCCUCUAAAAGCUCUCUGUGUGGGGAACAGGAGAACCAGAGCAAAGCUCAGAGGAAUCCACCUGGACCUGGAUCUGGACCUGGACCUGGACCUGGACCUGGACCUGGACCUGGACCUGGACCUGGACCUGGACCUUCAUCCAGCUGUGUGUCCAUGAACAGUGACUGGUCAAAGGAUCAUCCUGAUAAUUUCAGACGAUCUUCAGAUGGAAGGAUCCAGCAGCAGAGCCCAGACUGUCCUGAACCCAGCUGUCUGUCCUUCAAGAGUGACCGGUCAAAGGAUGAAUUAAUUCACUUCAAAGACAUUCAUCCGUCUGCUGAUCAGAUAGUGGAGCAGCAGAACUCAGAGGUUCCCAGAGCUCAGUCUGUCCAGCAGCAUCACCUGGACUCCAUAUUCAUGCUGCUGGAGGACAACAUGGUGACUUUUGUGAAGAAGGAGCUGAAGAAGAUGCAGAAGGUUGUGAGUCCAGAUUACCCAGAAUGCUCAGAGAGUCAGAGGGAGGAUGAGGAGGAGUUGGAGGGUGAUGAUGAAGAUGAGAGGAGCAGCAGAGAGAUGUUUGAGCAGAUCACAGUGUUGUUCCUGAGGAGGAUGAAGCAGGAGAAGCUGGCUGACUGUCUGCAGAGCAAACUUGCUGCUGCAGUUUGUGGACGUGAACUUAAAUGUUCUCUGAAGAAGAAGUUCCAGAGAGUGUUUGAGGGCAUCGCUAAAGCAGGACAGAAGACCCUCCUGAAUGAGAUCUACACAGAGCUGUACAUCACAGAGGGAGGGACUGCAGAGGUCAAUGAUGAACAUGAGGUCAGACAGAUUGAAGCAGCAUCCAGGAAAGCAGACAGAGCAGAAAGAAGCAUCAGAGCAGAAGACAUCUUUAGAGGCUCACCUGGAAGAGAUGGACCAAUCAGAACAGUGAUGACACAGGGAGUGGCUGGCAUCGGGAAAACAGUGUUAACACAGAAGUUGACUCUGGACUGGGCUGAAGACAAAAGCAACCAGGACAUCCCCUUCAUGUUUCCAUUGACUUUCAGAGAGCUGAAUGUGCUGAAAGACAGAAAGUUCAGUUUGGUGGAACUUGUUCAUCACUUCUUCAGUGAAACCAAAGCAGCAGGAAUGUGCAGCUUUGAAGACUUCCAGGUUGUGUUGAUCUUUGACGGUCUGGAUGAGUGUCGCCUUCCUCUGGACUUCCACAACAAUGAGGUCCUGACUGAUGUUAGAGAGUCCACCUCAGUGGAUGUGAUGCUGACAAACCUGAUCAGGGGAAUCUGCUUCCCUCUGCUCGCCUCUGGAUAA